AAACGGAAGCUUUUUAAAGUUGAAGUUAAAGUCCCAAUGAUCGUCACACACACACAUCUGGGUGUGGUGAAAUGUGUGCUCUGUAUUUAACCCAUCCCCGUGUGAUUUUAAUCCACCCCCUGGAGAAGAGGGGAGCAGUGAGCAGCAUCGGUGGCGCGGUCGGGAAUCAUUUGGUGAUUUUUGCCUGCAUCAGAUAAACACGCAACUUAUGUGGUGAAUCAGUAACAUUAGCUACACUACAAUCGCAACAACGGAAUAGACUUGACAGUGGUUGCAGUGUGGAAAUGUCUGCAAGGAACACAGCAAAAUACGUGGAGGAAAAGGACUGUAGUCGUCCACAACUGGAAGAUCUUCGGCUGCAGCCGUAUGUUGUGUUUCGCAGAGCAGACAUCAAUGAAGCUAUUCGUCCUAAGCAGCAGGAGCCAGAUCGCACUCACAUUAAAGAGGAAGAUGUGGGCAAAGAGGUCCAUCACUUCAAUGAAAAAAUGGAGCAGAAGUUUCUUUGCACCAUAAAAGAGGAGGAAGAGCCGGAGCGGCCUUGGAAUAAAGAGGAGGGAGAAGACUCCUGCGACAUUAAAAAGGAGGAGGAGGAGGAGGAUACCUGCAAGAUGCCAUGGACUGGUGUUCCUGUGAAGAGUUUAGAUGAGGGUCAACAUGAGGUGAGCAAAGGGGCAGGGCCUCCAAGCUGGAGCUCAAGUCAAUGUGAUGGAGACCGGUGUGGAGGAUCACAAGCAGCUCCACCAUCAGAUAGUUAUGGCAUGUCAUCACAUGUUCCUGCUGAUGCUGAUGAUGAGUUUCAAACCAACAGGAGAAUGCACACAAGAAAGAAAAACUUUUCCUGCUUAGAUUGUGACCAAAAAUUGUCUUGGAGGGAACAUUUAAAAAGGCACACAAAAAUCCACACUGGUGAGAAACCUUUUUUAUGCUCCGUUUGUGGCCGAAAAUUCUCUCGGAAGGUAGUCUUAAAAAGGCACACAAGAAUCCACACUGGCGAGAAACCUUUCUCAUGCUCAGUUUGUGGCCAAAAAUUCUCUGACCAGGUAACCUUAAAACGUCAUACAAGAACCCACACUGGUGAGAAACCGUUUUCAUGCUCAGUUUGUGGCAAAAAAUUCUCUUUCAGUGGAAAUUUAAAAAGGCACACAAGAAUCCACACUGGCGAGAAACCUUUCUCAUGCUCAGUUUGUGGCCAGAAAUUCUCUGACCAGGUAACCUUAAAACAUCAUACAAGAACCCACACUGGUGAGAAACCGUUUUCAUGCUCAGUUUGUGGCAAAAAAUUCUCUUCCAGUGGAAAUUUAAAAAGGCACAAAAGAAUCCACACUGGUGAGAAACCUUUCUCAUGCUCAGUUUGUUGCCAAAAAUUCUCUGAGCAGGUAACCUUAAAACGUCAUACAAGAACCCACACUGGUGAGAAACCGUUUUCAUGCUCAGUUUGUGGCAAAAAAUUCUCUCUCAGUGGAAAUUUAAAAACGCACACAAGAAUCCACACUGGCGAGAAACCUUUCUCAUGCUCAGUUUGUGGCCAAAAAUUCUCUGAGCAGGUAACCUUAAAACGUCAUACAAGAACCCACACUGGUAAGAAACCGUUUUCAUGCUCAGUUUGUGGCAAAAAAUUCUCUUUCAGUGGAAAUUUAAAAACGCACACAAGAAUCCACACUGGCGAGAAACCUUUUUCAUGUUCAGUUUGUGGCCAAAAAUUCUCUGAUGGGGGACAGUUAAAAAAGCACACAAGAAUCCACACUGGCGAGAAACCUUUUUCAUGCUCAGUUUGUGGCCGGAAAUUCUCUCAGAAGGACGAUUUAAAAAGGCACACAAGAAUUCACACUGGCGAGAAACCUUUUUCAUGCUCAGUUUGUGGCCAAAUAUUCUCUGACAAGGGAAACUUAAAAAGGCACACAAGAAUCCACACUGGCGAGAAACCUUUUUCAUGCUCAGUCUGUGGCCAAAUAUUCUCCCAGAAGAGAAGUUUAACAAUACACACAAGAAUCCACACUGGCGAGAAACCGUUUUCAUGCUCAGUUUGUGGCCAAAAUCUUUCUCGGAGGGCGCAUUUAAAAAGGCACACAAGAAUCCACACAGGCGAGAAACCUUUCUCAUGCUCAGUUUGUGGCCAAAGAUUCUCUGACAAGAGAACCUUAAAAAGUCAUACAAGAACCCACACUGGUGAGAAACCGUUUUCAUGCUCAGUUUGUGGCGAAAAAUUCUCUGACAAGGGAAACCUAAAAAGGCACACAAAAAUCCACACUGGCGAGAAACCUUUUUCAUGCUCAGUUUGUGGCCAAAUAUUCUCUGACAAGGGAAACUUAAAAAGGCACUCAAGAAUCCACACUGACGAGAAACCCCUUUCAUGCUCAGUUUGUACCCCAAAAUUCUCUGACUAGGGAAACUUAAAAAGGCACACAAGAAUUCACACUGGCGAGAAACCUUUUUCAUGCUCAGUUUGUGGCCAAAGAUUUUCAUUAAAGGGAACCUUAAAAGGUCAUACAAGAAUCCACACUAGCGAGAACCCUGUUGCCUUCGCGUUUUGUUUAUCAUGGCUUCAAUACAACAGUUAAAAGUCCAAAUAAAACUUCGAAAUAAAGGAAACAUGUCUAACGUUUAGGACCAUGUAGUAUUGCUUCAAAUGUUUGUUUACAUUCCUUUAGAAGUCUUUUUUCGUGUGUUAGCAUCUUACACACGAGUUAGUAUCUUACUGCUAACUUGUUAGCCUGCCCAGUACUUCUUGUUGGUGACCGUACUUCGCGGAUUUCACUUAUCGCAGGUGUUUUUUUUUUAACCAAUUGUCCGUGAUAAACAAGGGAUUACUGUAUG